UGGGAGCCUUCCUGUGAGAAGAUACUGAAGCUCUGUUUAUACCUGGUUCUAACUCGCACCAUUUUAUCCUGAUGUUGUCCACAUUCUGAUUGUGCCCACACCUUUGGACAGGUGGAGAUGAUUAAAAGAUGCACUGACAUCUGGUUGUAAUCAGAUCUUCCUGACCACCUCCUGAGGUAGUCAGGCACGCAUUGGGAGAAUCUCAAUUGAAUACUCCGCACGCUUUCGCCUUGCCUUCGUAAACCCAUUGGAUGAGAAAGCCAGAGGUCCCUCCCUGACAUCCUCCAAUGGAAGAGGAGGCGAGUAGAGCGGAUGCAAUUGAGAUUCUCCCAUAGUCACCAGAGACCUUGGGUUCGCGCCCAGGCUCUGUCGUAACCGGCCACGACCGGGAGGUCUGCGGGGCGACGCACAAUUGGCCUAGCAUCGUCCUGGUUGAGGGAGGGCUUGGCCGGUAGGGAUAUCCUUGUCUCAUCGCGCACCAGCGACUCCUGUGGCGGGCCGGGCGCAGUGCGCAUUAACCAAGGUGGCCAGGUGCACGGUGUUUCCUCCGACACAUUGGUGCGGCUGGCUUCCGGGUUGGAUGCGCGCUGUGUUAAGAAGCAGUGCGGCUUGGUUGGGUUGUGUAUCGGAGGACGCAUGACUUUCAACCUUCCUCUCUCCCGAGCCCGUACGGGAGUUAGUAGCUACUAAAACAAUUGGAUACCACGAAAAAGGGGUAAAAAAAUAUAUAUAUAUAUUCUCUAGUGUCUGGGUAUCUUACAAGUGUAGAUGGAUUUGGACUGUGAAAUCAUUUAUAAAUCAUCAGUAUCAGACCUUUUAAAAUCAUUGACUUAUCGCAUGUAUUUGUGUCUUAAAAUAAACACUAUUUUGAAAGAAAGUCAAAUAAUUUACAUACAGGGCGGGACCAAGAAAUGUAGUCACAAUGUGGACACAUUGGACAGCUAUGAGAGACAUUUUAAUUUCAUAUGUAGAAUGUGGACUUGACCAGGACAAAAUACACAUGUUAGUGCCAGGUAUAAAUGAGACAUGAAUGACAACCUAUACCGCAAAGUGAGAAAAUCCAUAAACUUAACACAGUGCUGACCUCGAGCAUAAAUCGCCUCUGACUGUCUAUCGGAACAUUGCACAACAUAUCUAACAGGAGAUGGAUAGGUCUUGAUCCCAUUAGGUCCUAGGAAAGACAAGUCCAGUUCAAGAUCAGCGGACCUCCAAACUCAAAUCUGGCACACUUUGAAAAAUUAUACACAAGCCUUGUCCGAUGUAAAUGUUUGAUACCUUGUUGUAUUUAAAGGGAUCAUGUAUUGAACAUGGUAUACGCAGAGAAAACAAAUGCAUGUAAGUCUUUCAAAGACAUCUAUUGUUGCACUAUUGAACAAUGUGCUGAUUUUCAUUGCUAUCUUUACCUCCCUUUACCUCAGAUGAACAAUUGAGACCCAUAUGCACAAUUUUGAAUAGGAAUAUGUCCCCAAAACUUAAUUGGUAACACUUUACACUGUUGCUCUUAUACUCGUGUAAUGACAAUGCAAUUACUCUAUUAACAAUGUAAUUAUUCAAGAAAUAACAUUUAAUAUGUACACCUUAUUGCUUUGUAUUGUAAAUUAAAACCUAUUCCUAAGUACUGGUUGAAUGUCUCUCCAAAGUUGUGUAAAACUUUUCUUUGAUAUACGUUAGCAGUGUUUUUGGAUCAGCCGAGCCUGAGUGAAGGAGGAAUAUCGUUUUAUUCGUUUUAAAUAUUGAUUUUAUCAUAUAGCCCAAGGGUCUCCAACCUUGUUCCUGGAGAGCUACCCUGCUGUUGGUUUUUACUCCAAUCCCAGUUGCAACUAACCUGGUUCAGUUUAUCAAGCAGCUAAUUAUUAAAUCAGGUGUGCUGGAUUAGGGUUGGGAUGGAAACCUACAGGGCAGUAGCUCUCCAGGAACAGGGUUGGAGAGCACUAAUGUAGGCCUUGGGAAUCCCUUGGUCAGUGUGUCUCCAUGUUGUUUUAUACAUUGAAACGUUCACUAUAUUGAAAGGCUGUGGGUUCAAUUCAAUCAAACCUACAUUGUGGAAGUUUGUAAACAAAGACACCAAUCAUUGCUGUGGUAGGUCCAAUUGAAUUUCAGCCCGCACCUGUCUCAGUGCGUUUGUCAACUGUGCACAGAAAAGGCUUGUAAUGAAAUAUGUUGGGUUACAAAUAGGUUUGGAUCCAGCAUGUGGUCCAUGUGCAUGUUUCUUCAUGAUACAUAAAACAUGGCCCAAUAUAUAUACUUAAUAUGAUAGUAAAACAACUGUCAGGUCCUUACAGUUGUAGCAGAUCACAAUGUCCCAAAUAAUAACAAUAAUACUACUAAUAAUACAUAUGAUAGAAUUAGUAUAUUAACACAAUGUAUUCGUAUUUGAUCAAUCAUACAUGUUUACCCCUAGUAUUAUUAUUAUUAUUAUUGAACAACCUGCAGGAGAUAUAUUGCCAGUGCUUAGUUUCUUCCCAUCCUACUGAAACCCGAGAGGAGAGAGAGUGCAUUGCAUCACUACCCACUCCUCGCAGCACUGGUCGCCAUCCAUCCCCUCUCCUCUUUCCAGUACCAAAACAGAUGGUGGAAAAAUCAUCACAUCUGCCGGGACGCACGACAACAAUAGACAGCAUCUAGCCCAAGAUAACCGGGGCGUCCAUCAUGUUUGCUGUCCAGAGCUCCAUGAGGGUGUGAGCGCCGUCGGGAUUUUUGACACGGGGUACCAUCACGGCAGCCGAGGAUUCUUCUCGCGACUGUCUGGGCUCUCCAUCGAGUGGGGAAGAUGGCCGCCAUGAAAAUUUUAACCAGCAGUGGGCUGUUCUUAGCGUUCUGUGCGUUGGGGUUGCUAGCCAUGGCAAUCUGCACCGACUUUUGGUAUGAGACAGAUGCGCGAAGACACCGAGAAAGGUGUAAAAACUACGCCAACAAGAGAAACGACCCGGGGUACAUCUAUAUCUCAAAUAGCAAUCUCCCCCUCCAGAUGCCCCCAAAGGGCAUUGAAAGGAAAGGUAACAGUCCAAGUGCCGGAGCUCAGCCUCUUAUUAGGGAAAAACGUCACUUUCUGGCCGCAGCGUCAGCUAUGGAGUCCCACUGCAGUCGCCAGUUCAAUUCAACCAUCUCUGGGCUCUGGAGAAAGUGUCAUCGAGAUGGAUUUGACCUGGAGACAGAGGAUCUCAUAUAUAAAGGAUUGAUUCAGCGGUGCAUCCCAGUCAAGUAUCACUACUCUUCCUCCAUCCUUCCGCGAAAUUUACCCAUCAACAUCACCAAGACCAUCCGUCAGGAUGAGUGGCAUGCACUCCAUCUACGCAGGAUGACGGCUGGCUUUGUGGGCAUGGCCGUGUCCAUCAUCCUGUUUGGCUGGAUUAUCGGAGUGCUGGGUUGCUGUCAGCAGCAUGACCUCAUGCAGUAUGUAGCUGGACUACUCUUUCUCAUGGGAGGAACGUGUUGUAUCAUCUCCCUGUGUACGUGUGUGGCGGGCAUCAACUUUGAGCUGUCGCGUUACCCACGCUACAUGUAUGGCCUCCCAGAGGAUAUUAGCCAUGGCUACGGCUGGUCCAUGUUCUGUGCCUGGGGGGGCUUAGGCCUCACUCUGCUGGCUGGUUUCCUGUGCACCCUGGCCCCAUCCCUAAGCACCCCCUCCCGUACAACCGUCCACAAGCCCAGACAGGAGAACGGAACCGUGUGAUGGGACUGUGUGACUGGCCCACAAAGCGCACAAAUAAGCAACACCCAUCCAACUUCGUCCAACGUUUUUGUCCAACCACCAUCUCACCUCAUCACCUUCCCUGUCCAUACCACCUCUGUCAACCAUCUGAAUCAUGAGUGUACCAGAGAAAUUGUACAUGGGAGAACAGAGCAAAGACAUACCAAACUGUACUAUUUACUGUACAUCUAAGACACAGAGACAUGACAAGACUACUAACUCUAUGGCAGCCUAGAGGAAUUGUCUUAAAAUGGUGCUCUCUUUUAACACACACAACACAGAACACAGUCCAAGAGCUUAGAAAGAAACAACAAGCAUCUCUAAAUGGAACAAACCAACAAACAAGAAAACGUGGCAGAGCAUCCUGUCAUCAUUCCUCUUUUAGUCUGUUGGGCUGUACUGUGUUUGUUAUUGUUCGCAACAAAAUAUUAUGCUGGCAUAAACUGUCCGUUGUUUUGAAUCAGCUGACUGAUGUCAAGCAUUAUCCCUAGGAAGGACUUUACAGUUUAAGCCUAAAACCUGCUUCUUGCAGCAGAGGACCAAGAGCACAACAUGGAAAUGGCAGGGGUGGAACAGCAAGAUAAAAUACAGAACUGCACUUUUGAAGAGCAAAUCUUUCAGCGCUUCUAUGAUUCAGUAUGUACAAAUGCAUCUCUAUGUAGAUUCAGGUCAUUGUUUGUAUAAAGUAACUCUUGAAUAAGAUUUUUUCCCUGUUUGUUUCGAGGUAACAAUGGCAAUUUGGGUCUUCAGUGAUGUUGUUUGCUGGAAUAAAUUGUACGCUUCAUGAUUAGAAGAAUAAGAGUGAUUGCAAGGCACAUUAAGUACUGUUUGAGAGUAGCAGAGGCAGUUAAAGGUCCAGUGCAGUCAAACAUGUGAUUUGUCUGUGUUUUAUAUAUAUUUCCACACUAUGAGGUUGGAAUAAUACUGAUAAUGCCAUUUUAGCGUAAGAGCUGUUUGAUCAGUUUCCCCUCCCCACUCAGACCAUUCCCAGACAGUCCUAGCAACAUUCUUGCUUAAGAAAUUGCUCUUUGCUAAGAAGCUAUUUUAAUUGAAAACAAUCACAGUGAGCCACUUAAUUAUAACCCAGAAAUUAUUUGAUAUUGAGAUAAAAACGUCUGCAUUGGACCUUUAAGGAUCAGUAAAUAUUGUAUGUUGAAGGACGGGGUUCAAUGAAUAAAAAUGUAACCUUCUGGUAACACAUUCAAACUUAGAAACAAUGACAGACAGUAAUUUACAGUUAUAAGUGACAAUACCUGCCGUCUUGGAUUUGGCAGGAAUUGAACUGCAGACACCAGUGUUGGACUUGCAUUUAAUGUAUUCUGUCACAAAAACCUUCACAUAGCACAACACAUUGUUUGUAGCAAGUAUCAAUGCAUUAAGUGAUUUGGUUUGUGUGAACUGCUGCAAAAUGCAGGUAUUUGCACAGUUUAUCAUUGAAUACAUGUCUUAUUCAACGCAACAUUUCUGUUAAUAUUCUUCUGUCAGUGAAAAUGGGUCAUGUUGAGAUUUACAUUGAGAGAGCAGUAGGGCUGGGCAAAGUCAUACUUAAUAUCAUGUUUACAUCAGUAACACCACAGGUAUGUUGUUUUUCCUGUCUACCAAUCCUUCUCUCCUCAUGUUUGAGGCAGGGGUGUCUGCUCUUGCACAUAGCUGUUCUCUGUAUUCUUCCUCAGUAGGGGGAAACUAAGAAUCUGCUCAGGUCUCUUGGAGACAAGACCAAUAAUGUGGCAGACAACAUGAUGUCCUGUUAAAGCAUCAUCUGCGUCACUUCAGUGUGGAUCCCUAUUGAGUCGACCACUUUCCUGAAUGAAUUGAGGGAGCUUACCAUUUCUUAAUUUCAGUGACACUUUUGCCCCAGGCAACAGGCAGUCUUACUGGCCCUUUGCAGAGUCCCGUUUACAAUUCGUAGUGACAAGGAGAGGUCAAAAGGCCCUCAUUUGGGUAACAUUUGAUUAAUGUACUCUGUAAGUGCACUCUGUAAGGUGUAAUAAUUAUACAAGCACACGUGUGUAUUACAUAAAGGUUCUGGGAGGAAACUCAGGCCAUGUUGGGAGUUUGUUUGUGGCAGGUCUGGGUUCAGGCAGGCUUCGGAGGCUAGCACUGCACAUGAAUUAAGAUGGAAUUACAGGUAAGAUGGAAUUGAUGUAUUUUGUGAGUACAGGGUACUCAAGUAACACUGUUUUGUUACCUAUAUGUAAAAAGGCACUCAUUGUGACACUUUUCCAGCAGUGUUAUGAGGUGAUGAGCUAGAACCUUUCCAGUGAAUUACUAUUUGACUGUAGAUAAAAACAUUGCCUCAAAGUGACUACAAAGUGAAACAUCCAAACAUUGUUACUAUAUGUAGCACCACCUCAGACUUGUAAAAGAGUUGUGGAUAUUGGUGGUGUUCUGCUGCCAUUCUGAGCUCAUCCACAGUCUUCUCCUCCAGUUUAUAUCAACACACAUGUACAGGUUUUGUCCCUUAGAUCUCUAAAUUGGCCAAUGGUAUUGAAUGCAUGGAUAAUUGCUACAAUAAACAAUACAUGUAUUGCAAUUGUGUUGUUUGAAUAAUGAUAAAGGUUCUGUUGCUAAACCGGUUGAUAGAGAAAUAUCUGGGUAGCGUACCAAGAAUGCUGAAAAAGUAGUAAAAUGGGCACAUAAAAAAGAAUGAGAGAAGGGGUAAGCACAAUAUACAACUUGUAUGCAAAAGUGACAGCAAAAUAGUUCUCUUAGUGGGACUUCUCGUGUUUCAUGAGGAACUGGAAAGUGUUCAGUGUGAGCAAUGUGGGACACUGUGUACAAAUGCCACAAUUUCAAGUGGCACCUCUUUAAGUAGCACUGCUAUGAUUUUCUACAAGUCAUUUAUACUGGUUUAAUCCACGAGGAUGGAGAAAGAUGAUUAAAAGACAUUAUAGUCUUGCAUGAGAUCAUUAUGGUUCAUUUCUUUUAAUGUAUUCAAACUUGUCCAUUUUUUUAUCUAAUUUAUUUUACUGAAAUAAAAUGUAAUUAACAUACUA